GUUACGGAUGUCAACUGAACUAGUUGAAUAGAGCGUAACGUAGACAGCUUUAGCUAACAUUCGACCAACAAGCUUUGAGUACCUCUCUGCCAUACCAAAAUUACAAGGUUCUCAUCCGGGUCCUUUUAUCGGGUUGUGUCUGGGCGCCACUGCCUCCGAGAACCUCCCUCUGCACUGUGGGGGCACUUACAGGAGCAGGCGGCGGUCACUGGGUGAGUGGGACCCUGCUAGGAAGGAAGCUGAGUCACCCAAGAACCGGCACACACGUAGGGAGAAGAGGCCGUUGGGUUUGGAACAGCCAGGUUUGGAUUUACGGGAGUAUUUUUUUUCACCGUCAAGCGACGCAAAAUGCACCGACCAAAGAGCGGCAAUGGCGGGGUCAGCCUGAUUGAGAUGAGUCCAUCAGACUCCUCUAAUGAUGACAUACAUGACUACCCUCAAGGUGACUUAUACAACACAGAACCCUUCCAACACAAUCAUGGGUGUCAUGACGUACGUGUGGAGACCUGUGAGUCUCUCAACACAAGCCUGGCCACCCUGGCCUCAUCUGACUGUAGCGACGGUUCUCAGAUGGAUGAUCACUCUUUUGAACAGAUCAGUUCCUUGACUGGGAUUGACAGACAGCAGCAGAGCAAAGACUCUGUGUUCUUCCGCGAUGGAGUACGUAGGAUUGAUUUCGUCUUGUCCUACACUCAUGAAGAAGAUUAUAAGAAAAUGGAAAAGAGGGCUGUGUACGAAGCCAACCUCAUGAAAGUUGGUUUGGAGCUGGAGAGGGAAGAUAAAUCUGAAUCAGAGGAUGGAAAUACCUACUUUGUGAAGAUCCACGCCCCGUGGGAAGCGUUGACCACCUACGCAGAUGUGCUAAAGAUCAAGGUCCCCUUUAAAGCCAAUGACAUCCAGAGCAAAGAAAAGAGGAUAAACUGUUGGGCCAACCCUUUCCAACUUCCGGAGCACAUCAUUCAUCCUGACCAAGACUACUUCACCGCUCCCUUUGACAAGACCAAGUCUGACUUCUUCCUCAUUGAUGAUACAGACACAUUCUUUUCCGAUGCCGUGCGCAACAGAAUAGUGUACUACAUCCUCUCCCGAUGUUCGUAUGUGAAUGACGAAUGUGAGAAAGACAAGAAAGGGAUCAAGCGGCUGCUGAACAACGGCACAUACAAUGGUGCCUUCCCGUUGCACGAUUGUAGGUAUUGGACAAGAUCAAAGGAUCCUAAUUGCCAAAGCGAAAGAUUCACUCUCUACAAACACUGGGCCACAUUCUCAUGUUUCUUCAAAGAGCAGCCCCUCGACCUCAUAAGGGAUUACUAUGGGGAGAAGAUUGGCAUUUAUUUUGCCUGGCUGGGCUUCUACACUGAGAUGUUGUUCUUUGCUGCAAUUGUCGGAACGCUUUGUUUCUUAUAUGGAUUUGCCACAUUUGAGGACAACGAGUGGAGUAAGGAAAUCUGUAGUGAACAAAUCGGAGGCAAAUUUGUGAUGUGUCCGCUGUGUGACAAGAAAUGUAACUACUGGAAACUCAACAUGAUAUGCAACUCUACAUGGCAAUCUCACCUGUUUGACAAUAACGCAACUGUGUUUUUUGCCAUAUUCAUGGGGAUUUGGGUGACAUUGUUCUUGGAGUUGUGGAAGAGGCGUCAGUCCCGUCUAGAGUACGAGUGGGAUCUGGUGGACUUUGAGGAGGAGCAACAGGGAUUGCAGCUCCGUCCGGAGUUUGAGAACAAGUGCACCUCACGCAAGAUGAAUCACAUCACUCAGGAAAUGGAGCCUUACUUACCAGUAACAAGCAAGUUUGCACGCGCAAUUUUGUCUGGAGCCACUGUCCUGUUUUGGCUGGGUCUAAUCAUUUCCUGCAUCAUUGGAGUGGUGGCGUACCGUCUGGCAGUAUACACCACCUUUGCCAGCAUCAUAAAAGAAAACCAGGUGGACAGUGCCUUCAUCACCCCGCAGUUGGCUACGUCUGUCACUGCCUCCUGCAUCAACUUCAUAUUAAUCAUGAUCCUCAACUUGAUGUAUGAUAAAGUGGCUGUUUGGCUGACUGACCUUGAAAUCCCAAAGACACAUGUGGAGUAUGAGAACAAGCUGACAUUCAAGAUGUUCCUCUUCCAGUUUGUCAACUACUACUCCUCCUGCUUCUACGUGGCGUUCUUUAAGGGCAAAUUUGUAGGCUACCCUGGAGGUUACAUUUACAUGUUUGGUGAAAGCAGCAAACUCAGGAAUGAAGAGUGUGAUGCUGGAGGCUGUUUGAUUGAGUUGACCACCCAGCUGGUUAUAGUAAUGACUGGUAAACAAGUGUGGGGCAACAUCCAGGAAACUCUGGUCCCGUGGUUAAAGAAUUGGUGGACCAGUAGAGGAGCAAAAAGGCACCCGGAAAGUGUGUACACUCGCUGGGAGCAGGACUAUGACCUGCAGAUCUUUGGAUCACUGGGACUCUUCGACGAAUACCUGGAAAUGGUGGUCCAGUUUGGUUUUAUCACACUGUUUGUGGCCUCCUUUCCUUUGGCACCCCUGCUGGCACUUAUGAACAACAUCAUUGAGAUUAGAGUGGAUGCCUGGAAGCUCACCACUCAGUUCAGACGCCCUGUGGCAUCCAAGGUUCACAGUAUCGGAGCAUGGGAGGAAAUUCUCAAUGGGAUCGCCAUCCUUUCUGUUGUAACCAAUGCAUUCAUUGUGGCCUUCACCUCUGAUAUGAUGAACCGACUGGUGUACAUGUAUAGUUACCAACCUGAUGGUCUAAUGAGUAUGAAAGGCUACGUCGCCCACAGCUUGUCUAGCUUCAAGAUCUCAGAGAUUCCACUGGCCCACAGCCCCGACGAUGGGGAUAAUCCCAGCUGGUUCAACGAAAACAUCACAAACUGCUGGUACCAUGACUACCGCUACCCACCAGGCCAUGAGAAUCAGUAUACUCACACAAUACUAUUCUGGCAUGUUUUGGCUGCCAAACUGGCUUUCAUUAUCAUCAUGGAGCAUGUCGUCUUUACGAUCAAGUUUGUAGUCGCCUGGAUGAUUACUGACGUUCCCGCCGAUGUGAAGUUUCGGGUGAAGAGGGAGCGCUACCUGGUCCAGGAGUAUCUUCACCGCUACGAAGUGGACAAGCUGAAGAAUCAACUCAACCAAAUGAACGGAUUGCCCACAAAUGAGGUUUUGCCAAAGAGUCUCUAGCCCAACAAGCUGUAGCUCACUCAGCUAGAUGUUCAACAGGAGACCACAGUGUGGCAUGCCUGCUUCAGGUCCAUUUGACCAUCCCCUUUUUUGCUGUUUUUCAUGAGUCACACACACAGAGCCUUUACAAAGGAGCCUAGAGGUCUACUCAGUCAUCAGCUACCUGCUCUUAGCAUGCUGAAACCUAGAACACUUGAAUAUACCUUUAUAUGUAUGGCCUGUGCUGUAAUUGACAAUUAUCACAUUUUUGCUGUAUGGAAGAAAAGCCAUGUACUUCAGAACUAUUUAUUUUAAAAAGACCAGAUGCCUUAUUGUAUGUCACUCAUUAGUGUAUGUGCGGCUGGAUAAAUGAUUCCCAAAAUAUUUAGCCAGUUUUUACAUUAAUGGCCCAAUCUACUAAAGAUUUGCGUAUACUUAAACACGUGCAAACUUGAUAUCACACGCAAAGCUGAUCUACUAAAUGUCUGCAUAUAGGAUUACGUCUCUUAAAUUAGUAGAAUAAGGAGCACAAUCCAUUUAGUGUGUCUGGCUUCAUGAAUAUGCAGAAUAUACGCUGAUCACCACAACGCCCACAAUACAGGGAGGAGAAGGUGCAAAUAUAAUUAUUCAAGACGUGCAAUGUGACUAUCAAGGCUGAUCACUGUUCUGCGGGUGCUGUUUUGCGUCGUUAUAUAACAUGUCUGAAAAGUAUGUGCAAACGUUACGCACACGUCUGUGAGAAAAGAGGUGCUCAUGCUGCAAAGACAAUGGACAGUGAAUGCUCCACCCUACAUACUGUAUGUAUGUCAAAAAUAUUUGGACUGUCAGAAAUAAAAAUAUUAGAAAUAUUGUAUAUUCAGCAAUAUCAUAUUAUAAAUUUAUAGCAUGACUUAAGGGGCUGAUUAAAACGGAUUGAAUUGAUGCGUUUGGGUGUCUACUGGCGUUUUUUUAAUGCCAUUAGUUUUUUCAUUUAGUAAAUAUAUUAUA